UUUGGUAUCUGACCAACCCUGGAGGAUUUGAGAGGUUAUCACCAGUGUUUAUUGUCACAUGAGAGAAUGGAGAACUCACCCAAAAGGAAGUGCCAUUGAUUUGAAGUUAGUAGAACAUAACCAUUAUCAGAUCUGUCAGAAGAAGGGGCCUGGAGCCCCCCCCCCUGAGUAAUGUCAAACUGUACUAUAUUUCCCUUAAAACAGUGUUAUGAAUAGGAACAAAACAAUGGGCAGCCCCACCCCAUUAUGAAUUUUGUUCCAAUGGCAAAAGGCUCAUAUCUAACCUAUACUUCAUGUUUUAAUUAUGCUUAAAAUCUAACAUCUUUCUUUAUAUUAUAAAAGUGUUUACAAUGCAAUACACUUUCCAGUGGCAUGGAGCUACUGGUACCUUAGUUGUUGCCCUCAGCCUUUAAGGCCUUAAGGGGGCUAGCAGUCAGGUCCAGUCAGGGCAUCCAUUUCUUUUUGCUCACCUGGGGUCCUACUUUGACAAAGUUUUUUGCCAGUGACUGUUGUUGAUUCGGUAAAGAUAAAAUCUUGUUCAUGUUCUAUAAUAAAACCGCAAGCUAAACUAAGCAGUUGUCUUAUUGUCGAAAAUGGUAAUUUGGUAGCGAUUUGGUAAGACCCUCAAAUCGUUUGGAACCCCCUGUCAGGCCUUAAUGGGAUUCCCCCCUGGGCUUUAAGGUUAAGGUUAUUGGGUAUCGUAAUGCAUGUGGUCCCUCCCUUUCUAGUGUUUUAGGGAUGAGAUUUGUAUUUGAUGUCUGAAAAUGGAAAUCUAUGGGAGUGGCUGCAGGCCCCUUUUUCGACGUCAGAGAAGAUCUUUGAUGACGUCAAACUUUGGCUUACAACUACAGCAACAACAGAUUUGAACAGUGCUGCAACAGGAAAACAAAUUAGCGGGGAUAUGGAGUGAUUGAGAUGGCUGCUGACAACUUCGAAGAACAAUUUGACUGGGCAUCUCUGGUUCCAGAGGUUCUUGUAGAAGUAUUCAGUUUCCUACCGCUAGAAGAUCUUUUCAACGUAUCGAAAGUUUGUAGGGCUUGGAGAAAAGUUUUGGGAAAUGGACGUAUUUGGCAAACAUUACAGCUUACCUUGGAUGAAAAAUUCUUUGAAAACAUUAUACGGACGGAUGAAAAUAGUGCUAUUGUUGAUUUCAUUUGUUCACAUUGUGACAAAGUAAGUAAUCUUGUGAUAUCAGUGGACCAGACCCAAACUGAAAGCACUGCAACUGGACUCCAAAUUUUGCAAAAUCUUACCGCUUUGGGUAGUCGUAGACUAAGGAGGAUUGCCCUAGCUUUCACGAAGGAGAACCCACUCUUUUACUCUGCGAAGACAUUUGUUGAUGUACUUUAUGAUUUGUUCAUAGUGCCUGAAAGUGGUUCAGAUCACUGGGAAAAAUUCGCUGGUGUUGACCUAUCAAAAUUUCCUGUAUGCCUUGAUGACAAAUUAAUAAAUGUUCUCGUAGAAAACCAUUAUACCCAUUUGAGUGAUAUCAGACUUCAAAAUUAUUCACUUGUUUGCAAUAUUACAAAAGACUGUGUGCAUAAUCUGGUCAAGAAAUGCAGGAACCUUGAGUAUUUUUCAAUUCACAUGUCAGCAUUUGAUGGGGAAACACUCAAAAUAUUCUCUACACCAAGGAGAAGAUCCAUCAAAGUCUUAUCAUUGUUUUGCCAAAGAGAAGAUAAGUACACAUCUGAUAUUGAUUCUGAUGACUGGGCAUCUCUCUGUAAAACAUGUCCAGAACUUCGUGUAAAGUUUUACUUUGAUCAUACUUGCCCCAUUUUUAGAGUUAAAGAAAUCUUAAAGCCCAUAAUACCAGUUAGCAUUUUAAAACUACGUCUUCUUGCCACUGUGACAGAUCUCAUUUACUUAGCUGCCAAUAGUUACACAGAAACUUUAGAAAUUUUUGAUGUGACAACUACAUCUAGUAGAGAACUAGAUACUGCCAUCCUGUUUUUGGCAACUAACUGUUGGAAGCUGAGAGAAUUGCAUGUCUGGUGUAGACUAGCAAAGUCUGUUGUUGACCAAAUAUUAUCUCUAUGUGAAUUUGAAAAAUACACGCUUGCAUUUAAUGUAGAGUGCGAGCAAUAAGCAGCCUAUGUUUUGCCCUUUUUGAUUCAAGAUGCACUUUUUGUUUUCUAUAAAUUGAAAUUGUACAUACUUCUAUGCACUUUAAACGAAAAGUUUGAGCUAGAGCCACAUAAAGUUUGCCUUGGUCCACCAUUGACAAGAUAUUUACAUGGGGCGAUUUGAGAAAGUCAACUGACAAUGAUGGUAUGGCCAAGAAAUAUGCAACGUGACCAUGCUCUCCGAAAAAUUCAAAAUAAUUUUCCAUGAAGACUUUGUGAGUAGGGAUGAAUUUAUUACUAUAAUAAAGUUCAGCAUGCAAAACUGAAUUUUGAACAAACCGUAAUGUAGUAUUUAGCAAUAUUUUGGCUCCAGGGUGAAAUAUAGGGUAAAUUUGGCUUAGAGCUUAGACAUGCAAGUGGCACAUUAACAUGAAGGUUUUAAGGGGCCACAGCCCCCAACCUUCUAAAAGGGGCCCUGUACCUAAGAAAAAAAUAGAAAUUUUUAGAAAAAGUGCCUGCAGUUGUUUUUGGCACCAAGCCCUGCAGUCUCGAAAAACCUUACGCCUCCACUCAAAUAUUCUAAGACCUUUUCCUCAAGACUAUUUUCCUUUCUUGAAACAAGGUUUAAAGUGUGCCUAACAUUUGAUAACUGCAUGUGAGUAAAUAAUGGUAUGCCAGAUGCUUGGGCUGUUAGUUUUUAGCUGAAAUAAGAAUUCUAGAAACAUAAAAUGUAUACCAGGUAUCCUUAAAUUGUCAUGAAGAAAAGGACAAUAUAACUGCAAGACAAAUAGCCUACAAAAUAUGAUAGUACCAAUCACAAUGUUGAUGAUUAUAACCUGAACAGAUCUAGUGUUUCCUAAGUUACUUUUGUCGAAUGUUUUUUUUGUAAACAAUUUAUGGUGGUACAAAACUUAAAAUGGCUUUGAAGAAAGCAAGCAAAUGUUUGAGUAUACUAAAAGCUUUUCAUCUGACACUUUUAAGAGUAAAGAAUGUCAGAACAUAGAUUAAAAACUCUGCACUAGGAAAUAUAUAUAUACCCAGUUGUGGAUCAAAAUAGGCCAAUCAGAAACAUGAGCACAUGACUGUUUAGGGUUGCCCAAUCAGUGCUGCUUGCCUAUUGAGAAUGUUACCAAUGGAGUCCUAAGAUGAAAACGACCUCCUUGGCCUAUUUUUGAUCCACAACUGGGUAUUAUAUUUCCUAGCAUAGCAUUUUUUCUCUAUGUUCUGACAUUUUAUAUUCUGAUGAGUGUCAGGCAAAAAGCUUUAAUAUACUCUAAUCUUUGCUGUUUUCAAAUCCUUGUGGUUAACUUUGUAAAAUAAGUAUUUUAUAGAUAAAGGUUUUUAAGCAAUUAUUCAGAUGAUUAUUUUGUGAUGUAAUCUUAGAAUUUUCUAGUUUUUGGAUAGCUCCUAGAAUUUUUUUAGAAGAGCAUUUUUUACAAGAGCACUUUUGAAAUACUCAUAUUUUAUGUUUAUUUUUCUGUAAUUUAUGCUGAAUUUGUUUAUUUAUGCUUUUCACAUUCUCAAUAAAGGUGUUUUAACUUUGGCCUUCCACAUCCUGGAAUUUGUCUUUAAAGAAAUUUUGAUCAUGAAAAUCUUUGCUUGACAUUGCUCAACAAGAUUCAACACUCAACAGAGUGGCUGAAGCGCGAUACUCCCUCCUCCAAAUUAGCCUUUCAGCUUUGCUGUCCCCAACAGCUAGCUGAACAUGCUUGUUGGAUGUUUUUCAUUCAACAGUUCAAUUCAUUUGACCAAGGCUUAAGCCACUGAUUUCAGAAAUCAAGACAACAACUUUAGACUAGCAAGAGACCAGCUCUUUGGAAUGAAUUUUUCAACUACUCUUUGUUGUUACAAAAGUUUAAUAAAGAAUGAUUUUACUGUACAAAAUUAUUUAUAUACAAGGACCUUUUGUGACAAUUAGAUUGAGAUAGAUUAAAUCCUUUACUGAAACCUAAAAUAUAUAUUGGAAUGAUCCAGUUGCAUACCCAGGGCUGCAGCAGAGAGGGGCUGGGGCUGGGAAAAUAUUUUGGGACCACGCCCUUAAAACACUGGCAAAUGCAGGGAACGCCCUUUUUUCAAAAUAUUCCCCAAUUAUUUGAUUAAUGUUAGCUACGGUAAAUAGCAAAGUAUUUUACAAUUGUUAUUGACACAAGAAUACAGUAUACUACCCCCCCCCUCCCCUCCCCACACGAGUUUUACAUCGCUUUUGGACAAAUUUCAAGGACCAUAUUUUAGAAAAAUGGGGGUCCAGACCUCCCUAUUACCCCCCCCCCUGGUAACGCCACUUGAAUGAUUGGUUUGAAUGAAUUGGUUUAAUAUUUUGAAAUUUGAUGAAUCUCUUUACAAAUUUCUUCUUUCUUGGUUUAAGAAUGUCCAGGUUCUUUGUUCUUGACUUUGCAAACUUAACUUCAAACAGCCAACUUUUAGUGUUCUUUUAAGUUCUAGAAGCAGAGCCAGGGCAACAUGCUGGGCAUACAUUAUUCAGAGAUUGUAAGGACAGGUCAUGAACUCAAAAAAGUUUAAAUCACAACGCUUAAGACCUGCCUUGCAAUGUUUGUUUUCCGAAAAAAGAUUUUCAGAACACGAGGAGAUUUUCUGGAGGAAGGGUGAAC